AUGCAUUAUCUUGCUGUUCAGGGAGAAUCUUCCACUUUCACUGAUCGAGACGAAGAUAAUCCUAUUGAAGUAACAUAUCUGUUUAUCACUUACAGAAACAAGUACCUCGCUGCGAUUUUUGUAUCCAUUCACAUGAAAGACAAAAGCCUCUUACCACAUAAUCUCAAGAUCUCUGGUCCUGCUUACAACCCAUACUUGUGGCCCCCAAUAAGCACUCAUACCGCGCCACCAACUAUCAUAACAAACUACAACACCAACGUGGUGAUCACAAACGCACACCAGUUGAUUCUUUCAUCUCACGCAGAGUUAAAUCUUACCAUGUUCAGCCUUGGAGCGCUACUGUAA